AUGGGGUGGGGGGUAGCGCCGGACCGGGAAAGCGGCGGGGGCGACACGGGGGAAGGAGGGGGGAAUGGAGUCAGGAGCAGGAGAAAAAGCGUGGCGGCGAUUGGGGAAGAAAUGGAUGGCAGAGGAAGAACGGAACGGGGGCUAGAGGAAAGGAGCGGAGUGCCAGGAGGGAAGGGGGGGGCCGAGAGUGGGGGCGGCAGGAAGGAGCGGGAGAACAGCGAGAUGGAGGAGGGAAAGAAAGGGGGAUGGGGAGAAAGCGGCGUGAAGGGACAGGCGGGUAGGAGCGGGGGCACGGAGAUGAGGCCAGGAGCGGGUUCGGGGCUGCUGCGCUCCGCAGCGCUGGGGGGGGCGCCGGCAGGGGGCGCUGCGGCGCGCUCGGGGCGCGGUCCCGGCGGCGCUCGGUGCCCUUGGCUGUGCCGGGUUGGAGCGGGGCCGGGGGACAGACCUCCCGGGUGA